AUGGGGCUAAGGCUAACCAGCCUCUUAAUACUAUGGCUGGCUGUUUGCUACGCAAAUCAAGUUAAACAAGGAAGAAAUCCUAACCACAGCCAAUAUGUCUGCAGUACUUGGGGGAACAACCAUUUCAAAACCUUUGACGGUGAUUUUUACCAGUUUCCUGGUGUCUGUGAAUACAACUUUGUUUCCGACUGCCGAGAGUCUUACAAGGAGUUCUCUGUCCACAUCCAGCGUGAACUGAAUGACCAAGGGCACCCUGGCAUCCAAUAUGUCCUUGUCACAGUUAAGGAUGUUGCAAUCUAUCUCACUCAAACAUUGGUUGUGGUGAAUGGGCAAAUUGCAAAAACUCCAUACCACAAUUCUGGCCUUCUCAUUGAGAAGAAUGAGAUUGCUACCAAAGUCUAUGCCAGAACUGGUCUGCAGCUGAUAUGGAACAGAGAGGAUGCCUUGAUGGUUGAGCUUGACAUUAAGUUUCAAAACUAUACAUGUGGUCUUUGUGGGGAUUAUAAUGGCCAGCCAAUCUACAAUGAAUUCAUCUCCAACGGACUGACAUACAACCCAAUCACAUUUGGAAACCUACAGAAAAUUCAUAACCCCAAAGCAGAAUGUGAAGACCCUGAUGAAACAAAAACUGUACAGCAAUGCCAUAAGCAUCGUGAUGAGUGUACAAAGCUGUUGACUUCUUCAGCCUUUGAAGACUGUCAGUCCCGCUUGAAUCUGGAGCAAUAUAUUCAAGCCUGUAUGCAGGACAGGUGUGCUUGUCAGAAAACAGAGGACUCCUUCUGUCUUUGCAGCACCAUCUCAGAGUUUUCCCGUCAAUGUUCCCAUGCUGGAGGAAAGCCUCAGAAUUGGAGAACCCCUGAAUUGUGUCCUAAAUCAUGUCCUGGAAACAUGGUCUACUUGGAAAGUGGCUCACCUUGUAUGGACACCUGUUCACAUCUGGAUAUCAGCAGACUAUGUGAAGAGCACUAUAUGGAUGGCUGUUUCUGCCCAGAAGAUUUGCAGCCAAUGAACCAAGAAAAUCUUACUACUACUACUACUACUACUACUAUUAUUCUUGCAGGCACUGUAUAUGAUGACAUCAUGGGCAAAGGCUGUGUACCCACAAGCAAAUGCCACUGUAAAAGUCAAGGCAAUGUAUUUUCUCCUGGUCAAAACAUCACAAAUGAGUGUGAAAGCUGCGUUUGUGAAUCAGGUAGAUGGGUAUGCCAGGACUUACCCUGUCCAAGUACAUGUGCACUGGAGGGUGGAGCUCACAUUACCACUUUUGAUGGGAAGAAAUACACCUUCCACGGAGACUGUUACUAUGUUUUGACUAAGAGCAGCAAAAAUGACUCACAUGUCCUCUUGGCAGAACUGGGCCCAUGUAGUUCUACAGAUAAGCAGACAUGCCUAAAGACGGUUGUAUUGCUCAUAGAUCACAAACAAAAUGUUCUAGUUUUCAAAUCCGAUGGCACUGUAUUGCUGAAUGAAAUGGAGAUUCACUUGCCUCAUGUAGCAGCCAGCUUCUCAAUUUUCCAGCCAUCUUCCUACUAUCAUAUUGUACACACCUAUUUUGGCCUCAAGCUGCAGAUCCAGUUGGCUCCAGUUAUGCAGUUGUUUGCCGUUGUGGAUCAGUCUGCCAAGGGAAUACUUCAAGGUCUUUGUGGAAAUUUCAAUGGAAUAGAAAGUGAUGAUUUCAAAACAUCAGGUGGAUUGGUUGAAGCAACAGGGGCUUCCUUUGCUAAUACCUGGAAAGCACAGGCCAGCUGUACUGACAAGGUGGAUUCUUGGGAACAUCCUUGCACUCUUAGUGUUGAAAAUGAAAAUUAUGCUGAAUUUUGGUGCUCUUUAUUGAAAAGUACAGAAUCUGCUUUUGCCAGGUGUCACUCAGUCAUUGAUCCAGCAGAUUAUUACAAGCGUUGCAAGUAUGAUACCUGCAACUGUAACUCCCAUGAAGAAUGUUUGUGUGCUGUGUUAUCAUCUUAUGCAAGAGCCUGUGCUGCCAAAGGAGUCAUGUUGUGGGGCUGGAGAGAUAAGAUCUGCAACAGCGAAGUGUCUUCUUGCCCAGCCACCCAGGUUUUCCGUUACAAUAUGAACACUUGUCAGCAAACCUGCCGCUCUCUGUCGGAGGGUGAUAAGCAGUGCUUGCAAGGCUUCACUCCAGUGGAUGGCUGUGGCUGCCCUGAUAAUACUUAUUUGAAUGAGAAAGACAAUUGUGUGCCAGUUUCUAAAUGCCCAUGCUAUUACAAUGGCAAAUAUGUGCAGGCUGAAUGUUCAAACAAUAAGAUAUAUUUCAACUGCAGCGACAUGGGCUCCCGGUCUUCCCAAACACCACUACAGCUUACCUGCCAAACGCUGGGCACUGAUCAUUUCCAGACAGGGUGUAUUUCAGGAUGUUUCUGUCCUGAUGGAUUGAUUGAUGAUGGCAAUGGGCUAUGUGUUAAAGAAGAGGAUUGUCCGUGCAUUCAUAACAAGGAAUUUUAUCCCACUGGGCAUAAAAUAAAAGUGGAUUGCAACACAUGUACUUGCCAGAAAGGAAGCUGGAGAUGUACCACCAAUGUGUGUUAUGGCACAUGUAUCAUUUACGGAAGUGGCCAUUACAUUACCUUUGAUGGAAAAAACUAUGACUUUGAUGGUAACUGUGAAUAUGUGGCUGCACAGGACUAUUGUGGCAACAGAGAUUCAGAGGGAACAUUUAGUGUCAUCACAGAGAAUGUCCCAUGUGGAACCACAGGAGUCACUUGCUCCAAGGCCAUUAAGUUGUUUAUAGGGAACACUGAGCUAAAGCUGGAAGAUAAAGAGAUAGAAAACAUUAACUUGAAUGCAAGUGGCGAAACGAUGCCUUGGUUUUCUCAGAGAGUUGGCCUGUACAUUGUAAUUGAGAUUGGCAAUGGUAUUAUGCUUGUCUGGGACCAGAAAACGACAAUUUUCAUCAAGCUGGCACCACAUUAUAAAGGAAAGAUCUGUGGCUUAUGUGGUAACUUUGAUGACAAGGCUGGCAAUGACUUCACAACAAGGAGCAUGGUUCAAGAAAAUAGUCCACUAACAUUUGGAAAUUCAUGGAAAAGGGACAGUACAUGUCCUGACGUGGAGACAGUCAUUCAGCCCUGUGAGGAGAAACCUCAUCGCAAAGCCUGGGCAGAGAAAGAGUGCAGUCUUAUCAAAAGUUCUGUUUUUGUAACAUGUCACAGUAAGGUGGACCCAGAGCCAUACUAUGAUGCUUGUGUACAUGAUGCUUGUGCCUGUGAUACUGGUGGGGACUGUGAAUGCUUCUGUACUGCAGUUGCUGCCUAUGCACAAGAAUGUACUAAAGCUGAUGCCUGUGUGAACUGGAGGACCCCUGAAAUAUGCCCAAUCUAUUGGACUUCUACAACCUUCUCCGAGUAUGUGAAUGGCACUAUGAGCCUGUGGACGAGACCUUCUAAUCUGCGAGUCCCUAAUAUUGCCAACACAGUGGCCACCAUUGGAAGCCUCUAUACAAUCACUACAUCUGGAACAAUUGUAGUUGGAGAAAUAGUUGGGGUGGUAGUAGAUGGUGUUGAAGUAGUAGUAGAGGUGGUUGUUUUAGUUGUUGUUGUGUAUGUUGUUGUAGAAGUAGUAGUUGGUGUAGUUGUCGGUGAGGUGGAGGUAAUGGUAGGAGUGGUGGUUGGUGUUGUCGUUGGUGAAGUGGAGGUUGUAGAAGUAGUAGUUGAUGUAGUUGUAGGUGAGGUGGAGGUAAUGGUAGAAGUGAUAGUUGUAGUAGUAGGAGUUGUGGUUGGUGUUGUGGUUGGUGAAGUGGAGGUAGUUGGAGUUGGAGUAGUAGUAGAAGUGGUUGUUGGUGUAGUAGUAGUUGUUGAAGUAGUGGUAGAAGUAGUAGUUGGAGUAGUAGUAGAAGUGGUUGUUGGUGUAGUAGUAGUUGUUGAAGUAGUGGUAGAAGUAGUAGUUGGAGUAGUGGUAGGAGUGGUAGUUGGUGUAGUAGUAGUUGUUGAAGUAGUGGUAGAAGUAGUAGUUGGAGUAGUGGUAGUUGGUGUGGUGGAGGUAAUGGUAGUUGUUGUUUCGAUUGUGCUGGUAGUUGGUUUAGUAGUGGUAGUGAUAGUGGUUGUAGUUGUCGUUGAGGUUGUAGUUGUGCAAUAUGGCAUGCAGCAGUAUACACUGAUCUCAUAG